AUGGCAGCAGAGAUUGUACACCAUCCGAGCCCUGGAAAAACAGAAGAGCGUGAAUCUGAGGACGCAUGUGGCAUGAAAAGGAAGGUGAAACUGAGAUUCAGCCUGACGAUGUUAAGUGAGGAAGAUUUGGAGACGGGUGGGCACCAGGAUCUGUCACAUCCACAAACAAAGUCGAUAGAUGAGGACAUUGAGGACGACUGUUUCGAUGAUGUCGAUCAGCUGCUUGUUUCCCUGGCAACCAUGAGCUUCAAUCUGGUUGAUGACCAAGGCCCCGACACUGACAAACCUUUCUAUAGCUGUGAUCACCAAUUUAAUGAAGUUGUGGUCACCCCUGAGCAAGCUGAUCUUGGCAUUAUUUCUACACAAAUUGGAAAACUGAAUAAAGAUAAAGAACAAAAAAAUUUGUUCCUGAAGUCAAAAUCAGUCCAAAAGUAUAUUGCAUCCGGUCAGUAUAAUCAGAUUUGUUUGGAGGACACUAUGUCAGCAAAAAUCACCAUCUUCCGAUUCAUGCCCACCAAAGACACACAAUCGGGUGUUCCUGUUGUGCUGAACUUCACUGGCACAGAGAACUUCUUCUGCUGCACCAACGAAGGCGAAGAAAAGAUUUUGAAAAUUACAUGGUAUGACAAAAGCAAGCUAAACAUCCCUGGAGAUGAUCCAAAAAAAACAGCCCUUGUUUUCUACAUGUCUAUAACCCCGUCGGGUCACCGGCAUUUUGAGUCAGUGCUCCACAGAGGAUGGUUCAUUCACACUGUAGACAGUGGCGCUGUGAAAAUGAUAAGAGGCGCACUUACAUCCAGCACCUGCUUUGACUUAAUUGAGAGUGAUGCCACAAAAACCUUUCAAAUUUAAAAUAAAGAUUUUAUUAAGAAUGUGUUUCUUUUUGCACUUUAAUGCUGAACCGCUUUUCAUUAUAUUGUAGUACCACAUCACUGGGUAUGUUUUUAUAGUAUAUAAAAAAACCGCAACAUUAUAAGUACUUUAUCCAUAUAUUUAUAAUCUCUAUUUACAUCUGUCUGUAUAAGCGAUUAGCAAUUUGAGUCAUCCUGUUGGGUACAGUAAAUUCAUCAUUUGUCAUUAUGUGUUAAUGUAUCUUUUUUACACUUUCACAUCAGACAUUUAAAUAAACAUUUGUGGGGGGAAAAGUGAUCCGUUCAUUGUAUUAGAAAAUAAAGUCUCCAAACGCAUGCGAUGAUGUUGAAGCUUUUUUCAUCACUCAAUUCUGAUGUUAGAGUAGAUGUUUUUGAAAACCCAUUUUUCUUUACAGUCCAGUUUGUUCAAUGUCUUGCUCGAAGGCUUUGUUUACUUCUCCUUCAUCUGAAUUCUCAUAUGGGUUCACAGUCUCCUCGGCCUUCUUAGCUUUCCUGAAAAUUUUUAAAAAUAUAAUAAUAAUUCAGUCACUCAGCUAACAAAAAUGUGUUCUAAGAAUGUUUUGCUACUGUUCAAAUUAAGUUAUAAACAUUUUAUUUCUGAAUGUUUUCUAAA